GUUCCAUACAGCUCUCCUUCUCCCUUCCAUGGCCAUCUGUGCUCAAGACUCGCGAGGUGAGCGCUUCGUGGUCUCACAUUCGCAAGUUAAUAUCUACUGGUACACUUUCUUCUUGGCUUUCGUCAACUCAACCAUGCCACGUUUACUGACCUUUGCGGUGGCUUGUGCGCUCGAUUCCAUUGUGGGCGCCGAAAUGCAGUUCAUGCCGAUGUCAGUUCAUGGACCGAACGGUUCAGAGGCGGCAGCUCUGCGGACUGGAUUCAAGGACCCAGGGCUAUUACUCUUCAACGUGAUUUUUAUUGAGCCUGCAGAGCGGGAGUCACUGCGGGCCUCCAGGAAGAAGCUAUCAUGUAAAUCUCGCAACAAGCGAGCGGGAGGAGGAUGAGGGGACGGACCAUCAGGUGGAGGCAUCGGAACUCUCGACCCAUUCGGUGGCUUGUUUUUAUCUGGGUUCCGUUGGAUUUACGAUGGACCUGCUCAGUUUGUCGGUGUGUCUGGCCUCGGUUCGAUUCUGGUGAUGUGUCCGCGCCACUCUGAGGCAGCAGUGUGGCCAGCAUCAAGGCGGAGGCACCCUUCGGAGGAAUGAAUAUGGCCAGCGCUGCGGCGAGAGCGCCGUUCCUCCUCCAUACUCCUGCCCUCCUCAACUCGGCCGCCGAGGCCGAUUAUGUGGUCAUUGCUCAAGAUGGCUGCAAAGACUAUCAGGGCAGGGAGAGUGGUUGGCUGACCUCAGGCAAACCGUACACUCCUGCAACGUGCGCGAUUGGGUGCGCGACGUAUAACUACUUUACCAUUGCAUGGAAGGACUCCAACUGCAAGUGCGCGGACGUCUGUGUGGACGAAAAUGGGGGACACACAUCCUAUGCUUUUCAGGCAAUACCAACGCCAGCACCAACGCCAGCACCAACGCCCGCACCGACGCCCUUCCCGACGGCGUUCCCGACGGCCUUCCCCACGCCCUACCCGACGCCCGCGGACGCAGGCGCCACAGGCGCGACUGCCAUUGGCGACCCCCACCUUCAAAACGUUCAUGGCGAGCGGUUCGAUUUGAUGACGCCGGGCAAACAUGUUCUGAUAAACAUCCCUCGUGGAACGAGCGCUGAAGAUUCAUUGCUUCGCGUGCAGGCCGAUGCGCGCCGAUUGAGUGGGCAUUGCGCGGACAUGUACUUUCAAGAAUUAAAUGUUACAGGGUCUUGGGCAGAGGCUAAACAAGCCGGAGGAUAUCGUUUCACCGUAUCGCAAAGUGCAGCCGAGCUUCCACAAUGGGUUGCUUUUGGUGCGGUUCAGUUGAAGGUCGUUCAUGGACAUACGGACACUGGCCUCUCAUAUUUGAACGUGUAUGUUAAGCAUUUAGGGCAAGCAGGGUUUGCCGUCGGAGGUCUGUUGGGGGAAGACGAUCACACAGACGUAAUCACCCCUCCAAAAGGAUGUGUGAUGCGUGCGGAGCUUCAUGAGUCUGUGUACUUGCACGGUCUUAGUCCUUUUUCGCAAGCUGUGGCAAUUGCAUCCUUCGCUUGAUACUUUUGCUGCCGCAAUUCUCGAUGCGUUCCCUUUUGAUCGCAACUGCCGCCGUCAGCACUGCGUCUCAGCAUAUUCAUGCCAGAAUUCGGGCCACUGCCCAUCGCCAUCGCCCUGUGGCCGUAACCUUAAAGCUGGUACGCUCGAGAGACUCCGGAUCGCUGGCGGCGGACACAAAUUGCGCGGCUCGCUUGAUACUAGCGUCAGAGAUCUUCUUCUGAGUGAGGAAGGGGAGGGUGAGGACGGCUCUGCGCUAAAGCUUUCAUUUCUAGCAACCAGGCCAGGCUACGCCCCCUUCGUGAGGGGGAAUCCUCUUGAUCUGUGAGUGAUUCGGUGCGGCCCCACUGGUCCAGUCAAGGGGGAAUUCGAUCAUCCUUGUAGGAAUCGUUCUCAUCAUGCUUUUCAUAUCUCU